AUCGGUUGUUCGUCAACCUAUCCUCUGAAGAUACUCCAUCUCCGGCUUUCGUUUCCCAGAUUCGCCUCUUCUCCAGGUAAGAAGUUGUUGAAUUGAGUGGAUAUAUAUUCAUCAACCAGGUUGAAGAAGACGACCCCAAGCAUAUGGCUACUUCAAAGAAAGUGAUCACACGUGACGAGUGGGAGAAGAAGCUAAACGCUGUAAAGCUCAGGAAAGAAGACAUGAACACUCUCGUCAUGAAUUUUCUUGUCACUGAAGGUUUUGUUGAAGCUGCUGACAAGUUCCAAAGGGAAUCUGGAACCAAACCAGAGAUAGAUCUUGCCACCAUCACAGAUCGAAUGGCUGUUAAAAAGGCUGUUCAAAACGGAAACGUCGAGGAUGCUAUUGAAAAAGUUAAUGACUUAAAUCCUGAGAUACUAGACACAAAUCCAGAGCUCUUCUUUCAUCUCCAGCAGCAAAGGUUGAUUGAACUUAUUCGACAAGGGAAGACUGAAGAAGCCUUGGAGUUUGCUCAGGAGGAGCUUGCACCACGUGGCGAAGAAAACCAAGCGUUUCUUCAAGAACUGGAAAAAACUGUAGCCCUGCUUGUUUUUGAAGAUGCAUCUAACUGCCCUGUUAAAGAUCUUCUUGACAUUUCCCACCGCCUUAAGACAGCAAGUGAAGUGAAUGCAGCCAUUCUUACUAGCCAGAGUCAUGAAAAAGAUCCAAAACUGCCAAGCUUGUUGAAGAUGCUGAUUUGGGCUCAGAAUCAACUGGAUGAGAAAGCAGUGUAUCCACACAUCAAUGAUUUGUCUACUGGCCAGCUCCAAAACCCGUCAGAAUAAUUCAAGCAAGUGGGGAAAAGCUGCAAAAGGGAACAAUCAAUGAUGCUCUUCUCUUCCCUUCAAUCUCAAUAACGCAAGAUGAUUCGUAUGUUUUAGCUUUCUGCUUUUCCCUUUUUCUUCUGCAUCGGAACUUGUUGGACCCGGAAUUCUUUAAUUAGGAUAUGUGGAAGUAUAAAGCUGUCUGUGGGCAAUGAAUUAUCCUAGUCAAACGUUGUGAUUGUCAAUACAUUCCAUGGGUCAUUGCAUGUGCACAUUUGUUUUGAAUGAAGUUAUCGAUC